UCUCACUCUCAGUCACUUGCCUCUGUCACUAUAAGCUCAGUUGAGGGAGAGAGAGAGAGAGAGAAGCUGAGAGCGUAUUUGGGCUUGAAGAUGGGUCGGAGCUCCGCAACACCCAAAUGGGUCUUACCGUUUAUGCUUGUUCUUGGUUCUCUGGCUUCUCAAAUCUCAGCUUUAGAUGGACCACUACCAAAUGGAGACUUUGAGGCAACUCCAACCGGCGGUUUCUCCAGUGACGCUAUAGUAGACGGGCCCACAGGGAUCCCCAGCUGGAAAUCAAACGGCACCGUUGAGGUAGUCGAGGCCGGGCAAAAACAGGGUGGGAUGCUCCUCAUCGUACCGCAAGGUAGACACGCAGUCCGGCUCGGAAACGACGCCGAAGUGAGCCAGGACAUCAAGGUGGAGAAGGGGUCGAUCUACUCCGUCACGUUCAGCGCGGCUCGCACUUGCGCGCAGCUGGAGUCGCUGAACGUGUCGGUGCUUCCCGCGUCGCAGACGAUAGACCUGCAGACAUUGUACAGCGUGCAGGGCUGGGACCCGUACGCGUGGGCUUUUGAGGCCGAAGAGGAUGAUGUGAAGCUGGUGUUCAGGAACCCAGGGAUGGAGGACGACCCUACUUGUGGGCCCAUCAUUGAUGACGUUGCUAUCAAGAAGCUCUUUACCCCUGAUAAGCCCAAAAACAAUGCAGUGGUUAAUGGUGAUUUUGAGGAAGGUCCAUGGAUGCUUGCAAACGUCUCUUUAGGAGUGCUCCUUCCUACAAACCUCGACGAAGAAACAUCGUCCUUACCGGGUUGGAAUGUUGAAUCCAAUCGGGCUGUUCGUUACAUUGACUCCUACCACUUCAGUGUGCCACAGGGCAAGAGAGCGAUAGAAUUGCUUUCUGGGAAGGAAGGCAUCAUUUCCCAAAUGGUUGAAACUAAACCGAACAAGCCAUAUACCCUCACCUUCUCUUUAGGCCAUGCCAAUGACAAAUGCAAGCAGCCUCUUGCUGUCAUGGCCUUUGCCGGCGACCAAGCCCAAAAUGUCCAUUACACCCCUAAUUCCAACAGCACAUUCCAAAGUGCCAAUGUGAAUUUCACUGCCAAAGCUGAGAGGUCAAGGAUUGCAUUCUACAGUGUGUACUAUAACACAAGGACUGAUGAUAUGAGCUCACUGUGUGGACCUGUGGUUGAUGAUGUUAGGGUUUGGUUUUCAGGGUCAAGGAGAAAUGGGCUUGGAGGGUUGGGCCUAAGGCUUGGGGUGGCUUUGUGGGUUUUUGUGUUGUUUUUGGUUUAGGUAGGGUGACUCUGGUUAUAGGAGUUUAUCAUUUGGGUAACUUAUGGCAUGGGAGUGUUGGCAAACAAUACUCCCAAGUCCUAUGUUGUAUGUGGUAUUUGCUUUAAUAGUUUUGCUAUGAGAAUGAGAAUGCCCUUCUCCUUGUUCCAA